AUGCCUGAGCGCUGCGAGAUGCUGACUCGUGACAAGAAGGAAGGAGUCGCCCCUAUUGUCGUCGAGGCGGGGCCAUUAGGGAACGGCCCUCGUGAUGAUCAUGUGCUUCAGGUUGCGGUGAAGACGGAGAAGGCUGUUGGGAGCUUGGAAGGUGCCGAGGAGACCAACAGACGCUUCUGGGGACUCAAGGCUUUCCUAACUACAAGCUGGUUUUCCUGUUCAAUCCACACGACCUAA